AUGGAAUCAUUAGACGAAAUACAGUGGAAAUCUCCAGAGUUCAUACAAGAGAGAGGGGGUAAUACCAAUAAUGUGUUGGAGUACUUUUCUUUAUCGCCAUUCUACGACCGAACAUCGAACAACCAAGUGUUGAUGAUGCAAUUUCAGUACCAGCAGAUACAAAUACCACCUGGUGUAUCAUUCCACCAAUACUUUCAGUCGCGGUUGAGUGAGAUGACCGGAAUAGAGUUUGUUAUUGCGUAUACUAAAGAGCCUGAUUUUUGGAUAAUCAGAAAACAAAAACGACAGGACCCCCAGAACACUGUGACACUACAAGAUUACUACAUAAUAGGAGCAAAUGUUUACCAGGCACCGAGGAUCUACGAUGUGUUGUCAUCGAGACUCCUUGCAAGCGUUUUGUCGAUAAAGAACUCCACUGACCUAUUAAAUGACAUGACAAGCUAUCAUAUCUCAGACGGGGGUCAUUCCUAUAUCAACUCCAUACACGGCAGCUCCUCGAAACCAUCACAGUCAUCGGCUGUCUCGAAGCCACUGUCAACAAAUACUGGAACGAAUGCAACUACUACCCCGAUCACUUUGACGACUCCACUGGGUGCUACUGUCCCGAGCACAGUGUCCAAUGGAAUCUCAACCAGCACAGAGAUUGCCAGCGGAGUGUUUGAUACGUUGUUGAAUGAUGUGGUGAUGAAUGAUGAUCACUUGUACAUCGAUGAGAUUCCAUUAUAUGGUGAGGGAAGCACACUUGAGAGACUUGGGUUAAAGGGAAAUAAAGAUGCGGGUUUGAGUCUAUGA